GAAAUGAGAGAUUUCUGUCAUUAGGCACUGUAGUCGUGGUAAUUGCGGUGGGAGUAUAACUCGAUGAAGAAAAAUCCGUGCUUUCUUUGUCCACAGCAGAGCAGCGCGGAGAGCAAACAAUUAUGGCUAUCGAGCACCUCGUAAUGCUCAGCGGCAGGAACGACGACAGAUCGUUACUACGUGUACCGCAGAACACACUCGUGGCUCUUUUCACGUUCGCCUACUGCGAGAUAGAAGGCCUGCGUGUCGUUCUGGUGCCACGCGACUCCGCCAGCGACGACGGUGGUUGUAACGACGAGCCACUCUUCGAUUUGCCUUACAGCAUUCUUCCAAAACUCAAAUGCAUCGAGUCGAAAGACGAUUCGCCUACGCCCCAAGAACUACUCGACUGCGAACCUCCAGCAGUCUAUCUACCCGACAAGACGACCGCGACUUGUAUCGGCGGACUCGCGGGGGUUCUCCGAUGGGCGCUGGGUCAGUUGGGGAGUCGAACCCGGGACCUCGAGUACAAGGCGCUGCUGGGAUUCCGCGGCGGCUGCCUCGCAGCCUGCUCCGAGUCUUCGCUCUGGACUCGCUUCUGCGAACUGGACGUACAGAGGGCCAUUCCGAAGCUCCGGACGCGCUGCUCCGCUGGUAGCGGGUUGGAAUCCCCGCCUCUGAGGCUUCCCGAGGAGCUUCUCCUCCUGGAGGCCCACAUGCGACAGCCCGUGAAAACGCACAACGUCCAGAGGAAGCAGCAGCAAGUGUUUCGGGCGUCGCGUCGCGAAGGUGGAGACGGCUCGCCCGCAGAGCGUAAGCCGAUUGACGGAAAACUGCCCGAACUGGAACACCGAUUCGUCGAAGGUUUUGACCAGACGUUGGCCGACGUAGUGCUUUUUCCCGUCCUUCAUCUCAUAUUCACCGAACUAGCCGCGGUUACGAGUAAGGGGGCAAUAUCCGAAAGGCUGCCCCUCACUGCCAAGUGGUACCACACGAUGUCUGCUCAGGCGCAAACUCUCCUUGCAUUAGAAGCCCUGGAACUGAAGCGCAUCGAACAGGUCGAGCGAGUUGAGGGCAGCAGCAUGUUCAUAGAAGAGUCUCAGCUCCCGAAGGACAGCCUCUACUCAUCUCAUCCGGAACGCACAAAGCCUCGGAUCCGGCACAAGAACCCGGAGUCCAUCAUUAACACGCUCAGGGAGGCCUGCAUAACGCCAGACUUGAAACCAAACCCCGGGGAAGACUCCCUUCCGCUACCCUGGGAGGAGUUUCCGGAGAAAGUGCAUCCCCUCGGAGGAGGUCUUCCAAAAACCAGGGUCCUGCGCAAGUGUCAGCAGAUCGAGAACCUCGUUGUUUUAGCUCUUCAACACGCCUUCGAUGGCUGCACGAUUGUUGACUUCUGCUCCGGAGGAGGCCAUGUGGGCAUCGUCCUGGCUUACUUGCUACCGGAAUGUCGGGUCAUGAUGAUCGAAAACAAGGAAGAGUCGAUGCUUCGUGCCCGGGAGAGGGUCAAGUCCUUAGGCCUGCGAAAUGUCGUGUUUUAUCAGUGCAACAUGGACUACUACGUGGGUGAUUUUGACCUGGGCAUCUCUCUGCAUGCUUGCGGCGUUGCCACGGACUUGGUUUUGCAGAAGUGCAUCGAACGCAAUGCAGCAUUCGUGUCGUGCCCCUGUUGCUAUGGUGCCAUGAAGGCAACAGACAGAAUCAGCUAUCCUCUAAGUCGUGCCUUUAGAGAUACAGGGAUCUCCAAAGAGGACUACACGCUGCUGUGCCACUACGCCGACCGGACUGAGCGUGACACGCCUACGUGCCAGCAGGGCCAUUAUUGCAUGGCUCUGGUGGACAGAGACCGGGCCAUGGGGGCAGCCGAGAGCGGCUACGAAGUAAUUGUGACGCAGAUGAUACCGCACGAUUGCUCGCCCAAGGGACUCGUGUUGGUCGGCAAACGGACGUCUAAAGUGUGUUGAAGAUUCAGAUUGCCUGUUGCCAAGUGCACAUGGUGAAACUUGAAGUUCACUAAGAAGGACAUGGGCGAAGAAAGUGAAGACAGAGCGAUGCGCUUUGUCCCGUCUUCACUUUCUGUGUCCAUGUCCUCAGUGCACUGCAAGUUUUACCAUGUAUUACCUUCAAUAAGCCCAUUCUUACAUCCUUCCAAGCGCACAUAUUGAUUUAUAUGGAGCUGUCAUCGCAUCCUCUUAGUGCAGAUGGGUUCAGUAAGGAUCAACAGAUUGCGUGGCAUGAGUCCAUUUUGUUAUUUGCUGUUGCCUGCAAAUGCACAGUACUGCAACUGCCUCUAGCAAACACUGUUCAGUCAAGAAAAGUCGGAUGAAUCAGAAGUAGUUGCUUAAUAAACACCAUUUUUGUUACCACAUGUUGAAGGUAAAUGAUAUUUUUAAGAUGAAGUCUCGAUGUUUAAUGUGAGUGGCAAUGACUUGUUAAGUCAUAACUAGAGCUAACAUUCAUGCUAAUUUGCUAGUGGCACAUAGGCAGCGGCACUGCAUAAAAAAAGUGUUAUAUAAUUUGCUGCUGCCUCUUUUUUUAUAUUUUAUACGAGUGAAGGUGUACACUGCUUGGGGUAACUAUGCUGUUGUGUUGUAAAUAUUUGUAUCAAAUGUGAUGGCACAAUAUUUGAUUCAGUAUCCGAAGCACAAACUCAUUGACGGUUGUGCGGAUUAAUUCUUAGAGCUGAAAAACUCAAGCGGCACAGCAGAAUGUGAGAAAUCCAACUAGUGAAUGGCUCCAGUUAAAUUGAGACAUGCUGUAAUUAGUUAAACACGUGCGUGAAUUCAAGUAUAUGCAAGUGUUUCUGUAUUCUGACCACAGUAACCAGGAAUGUAAUCCACAAUUUGUACUCUUGAUUACAACAGGAUGGCACUUACGCUUGCACAAGGCUUUCACUGACACCAACAUCCUAGAUUUGUGAUGAAAAUUCAUAAACAGGGCUUGUGCUAGAGACGACGUUUCAACAAGCUUGUCGAAAUGUCGGCUCUAGCACAACUCCUGUUUAUGAAUUUUCAAUACAAGCUUCCAUCUUCCCCUGACUCCUGCCAUUCCUUUAGAUGUGUGAUGUCAUGUGCAAUCAAUGUAAAUGAAAACAGAGCAUCAGAGAGCUUUCAAAUUUUUAAGAAAUGAGCAGAUUUCUUAACCUAGGGAGCCUCAUUCACAUUAGGAGCAACGGCACAAUUUGAAAUGUCCGUUUUUUUGAAGAAUUAGAACUCAAUCAGUAUGACUUAUUUCAGUUACCACGAUCUUCACAGGCCAGGUGGUAUUCUAUCCAUCUGAUCAUUGAUUUCAUCCAAUGUGAUGGAACAUACUUUGCUGUGUUUUGUUUCAAUGGAGCUUUUUUUACUCUCACAGCCAUAAACAUUAUAAACAGGGGCGAGAGUUGCAAAACAAAAAUAAAAGCACCAUGGUUCCAAGCACGUAAAUAAGUACAAGUUUUUGGCUCAUACAAGUUUUUGUAUCAAAGCUUACGCAUGGUAACAAAAGUCAGGCGUGCAAAGCACAGUCACAAGAAAUGAGAAGUCAACUCUGUGAAGUCCUACUUUGAAUCCCUGCAGAAUUGCUCAGGUUUUUGGGAUUAGAAGUUAACGUCUUGUCAUGUGUGGGAAACAAAAAUGUGUCUGAAAAGGACGUGAGCAUUUAUACCCUUGCAAGCCUGCUGUGAAUAGGAAAUAAAAUGCCUGAUGUUUCCCUUGCGAGAUGUGGUAGCUUAGAAACUAGUGCCUUGCACCGCUCGAGGGCGCAGGUUCAAUUCCCGGCCGCACCGGCUGCAUUUCAGUGGAGGCGAAAUGAAGAACAUCCACUUGUUUAGAUACAGGUGCACAUUAAGGAUCCCCUGGCGAUUAAAAAUAAUGUGGAGUCCACGACUAUGGUGUGCCUUAUAAUCACAUUGUGCUUUUAACAGCAGAGCUGUUUAAGCUCGGAGAAGCCCCAUAAGUCACGAAAAAAAUUAUCAUCAUUAUGAACCAGCACACGCCAUGUUUAUCUUCUGCUUCGCUCCCAGCACACAUGUGCUCUUCUGUCUGGCGUGGGAUGCAAUAAGUCUGAUGGACGAAAGGACGAGUGCAGAGAGAAAGAAAGAGAUAGAAUGAAAGAGAACAAGAUGGGAAGGAAGACAGAAAAAGAUAUAAAGAGAAAGAAAUAGACACAAAAAAGGGGUACAAAAAACAGAGAGCUAGAAAGAAAGAAUCAAAAAAAGAAAUAGAGAGAUAGAAUGAAAGAGAAAAGUAAAGAGGAACAAGGAAGGCUGCCCAGCUCCGCACUUCCUUCAGGCUUGGCUCCACUAGUGCGAAGUUGCUUUAAUUUCUUUUGCACAUGAAACAACAGAAUGUUUUAAAAUGUUUUUAAUGGUUCUGCAAAGCCCACCAAGUAGAUAGUGUUCUCAGGCCUCUUCAGCAGCAAAAGAAACCAACAGUCGUAAACCUAUGAAACAAAAUUUCUCACCCGAAGCCCCUUUGUAAAACUUCUGUAGAAAUAGUGCUAUACAGUUACUGAAUUAAUUAUUAGUGAUAUCAGAACAAAAGUCGUUGAGACAAAGCUCACAUUGGUUUUCUCAUGCGAAGUUGCAGCAAAAACCAGAGUUACUGUGGAUCACAACCAAGCCUGUACAUUGCGCUCAUUCCAAGCUGCUAUGCCAUGCUUUGUUGUAAGGUUAGCAGUGUAAGUUGUUCGUCUUUCAAAAGAGCUCCUAAAAUGGUACUAGUGGGUGGCUGCAUGCCUUUCUUUAGCACAUGCACCGUCAUAAAUAAAAUGGUA